CUGCCAAAAGCCCCAGCUGUCCACAGCUCAGCUGCCAGAGCAGCUUCUCCCACUGGACUCCAGGCUCUUGUCCACACCAGGCAGUCGAAGCAAGGGUGUGAUUUCAGAAAAUUCAAAUGUUUUCAUGCAUAUUUAACCUGCCCAUGGAAUUAAUGUGCACAAAUGGCACAAAAUCACGUUGGAUUUUUAUGUUAUAGCUCCUGAGACCAAAAUCUUACCAGAACAAACUCAAGCACAGUUAUAGGUGGGCAAUUUUGUUUAUCUGGUGUUGGAUUAUACCCUUUUCUGACCCCAAGAUGGGGCAACUGAGAGGCUUUGUAAAAACUUUUAUUCUACUUUCAGUCUCAUGAGAAGGGUGAGACAAUACAGAUGUUACAAUUCACAACGAGUCUGAAUUGUCUGACAGUCUGGUUUUCAAGGUGGCAAGAUGUUUAUACCCUGAAGUGUUCAAGCUCCAGAGCAGCCAUCACUCCUAUUGUCCUCUCCAGUAACCACAUGUACUUCACACCUUGGAAAGGCCGUGGCCCUGAGCGCAUGCCCCGGGAAAAGCUAGGGAUGAGCACCUCCCUGAGCUACAAGUCGUUCUCCAAAGAGCAGCAAACUAUGGACAACCUGGAGAAACAGCUGAUCUGCCCUAUCUGUUUGGAGAUGUUCACCAAGCCAGUGGUCAUCCUGCCCUGCCAGCACAACCUCUGUCGGAAAUGUGCCAGUGACAUCUUCCAGGCCUCCAACCCCUACCUGCCGACCAGGGGAGGGACGACUGUGGCGUCGGGGGGCCGCUUCCGCUGCCCCUCCUGCAGGCACGAGGUGGUCCUGGACCGACACGGCGUCUACGGGCUGCAGAGGAACCUGCUGGUGGAGAACAUCAUCGACAUCUACAAGCAGGAGUCCACAAGACCUGAAAGGAAGUGUGACCAGCCAAUGUGUGAAGAGCACGAAGAUGAGAGGAUUAAUAUUUAUUGUUUGAACUGUGAAAUGCCCACCUGCUCCUUGUGCAAAAUCUUUGGUGCCCACAAAGACUGUCAGGUUGCUCCUCUCACAAGUGUUUACCAGCAACAGAAGUCUGAGCUGAGUGAUGGCAUUGCAGUCCUGGUGGGGAGCAAUGACAGAAUGCAAGGGAUUGUCACGCAGCUGGAGGAGACCUGCAAGUCAGUUGAGGAAUGCUGCAAACGACAGAAAGAACAGUUGUGUGAAAAAUUUGAUUAUCUCUAUUCUGUACUGGAAGAAAGAAAAAAUGAGAUGACACAAAUAAUCACUAGAACCCAAGAGGAGAAACUGGAACACCUCCGCUCCCUGAUGAAGAAGUAUGCGGAUCACUUGGAAGCUGUCUCAAAACUGGUUGAAUCAGGAAUCCAGUUCAUGGAAGAACCAGAAAUGGCUGUGUUUUUGCAGAAUGCCAAAACAUUGCUACAAAAAAUUACUGAAGCUUCUAAAGGAUUCCAAAUGGAAAAAAUAGAGGAUGGGUAUGAGAAUAUGAACCAAUUCACAGUGAACCUCAGUAGAGAAGAAAAAAUAAUACGAGAAAUUGAUUUUGACAGAGAGGAGGAGGGAGAAGAAGAAGAGGAGACAGAGGAUGGCGAAGGCUUGGGUCAAGUCCACACAGAGUCAUCAGGAGAGGAGGAAGAGGAGGAAGAGGAGGAAGAGGUGGAAGAGGAAGGGUCAGAGGGAGCACCACAGGCACCUCAGCAGGACCCUGAAGCACAGAGUGCAGGGGGAGAGCCCCAAGCUGAACCCACUCCAGCGCCAGUGCUGGCUGCCCCAGCUGGUCAGGAUGUUGUUGUGACACCGAGUGGUUCUCAACAGACUCCCGAGUCUGACACUCAAGUGCCGGCCCCAGCAGAACCCACGGAUCCCCUGUUUUACCCUAGCUGGUAUAAAUCCCAGUCACGGCAACCAAGCAGCCCCAGCUCAAGCCCGGUGAGCGGGCUGGGGAAAGUAGGGACUCCUGUUUCUCUGGAAACAAGUGCAAAGAAGGCAGAAGCCCCGACAGCAGCAACAAUCGAGGAGAGUGCAGCAGGGAGUGGUAAGGAAAGUAAUGCCACUGCAGCGACGUCCAAGACUGGUUCUGAGCCAUAUCCUCAAGGACGAGUGGAGGAAGCUCCCGUGAGCAGUGAGAGGGGUGACGAGCCGGCUCGUCAUGUCUUCUCCUUCUCGUGGCUGAACUCCCUGAAUGAGUGAUGACUCACUCUGGCUGGCUUCUGGUGUGCAUCUCCUCAGAAGGACCGUGAGCGCAGGCAGCCUGGCUGCAGUCAGCAAAGAAACUGGCCUGGGAAGGGGCAUCCGAGCAGGUUUCAUUCCUGGGAACUCAGCUGACCUCCACACCAUACCCUUGAACUGACAGACCUGAGAGGGAGGGGAGCAUGGGGACAGAUUAUUCUAUGUAUUGUAGUCAGAGUGUUUUCCAAUAUUUUUUCACUUCCAAGGGGGAAGAAGCAUCACUACAGCUUUAGGCUGAGCACUGCUAGUGUUUUGUAACUCACUUGUUGGCACGUCCCCAUGUAGGUGUAAACACUUCACCAAUGUUCUUAGCUAAAACACUGGUAUGAUAUUCUCUAGUAGCAUCCUUUGCCAAAACAGAGUUUCUCCUCAGUAUCCUCCUGCGUCCCCGCUUGUCAGUGCUGGUGGCUUCAGUGACACUAUCAUGUCCUUGGCAGCCCCAAGUCAGAGUUGUGUCUAACAGCACUGGUGCCUCCCAGGCUGCGGAGGCUGAACACGGGAGGGAAGGAGGAAGCUGCCAUUUCUUCCUUUGCACUUGCUCUUCCUACUAAACCACAACAGAUGACACUUGCAGAAACACAAUUGUAAGGAAGAUUCCCAAUGGCAGGAGUGAGGAAGAGACACUUACCAAAAGCACUGGCCAGGACCUCCACACAUCUCUGAGUAUGUGGGGCAGUUGCUGAAGUGCUGCCCAGUCUGUCCAGCUGUAACCUGUGUCCGUGUCCUCUCAGCCAUUGGUGUGUACAGAAGGGGACAUGUUCUUACAUGAAACCAGGGUGCAAUAAGGUGGCCACAGGUACUCACUCAAGGUUUAAUUUCAAGCCCCUGUGCUUGCUAUAGAAAAGGUAGAUGCUGACUGUCCUGUUCCGUGUGCAUUGCAGAUGUUGAGCCAUCAAAUGAAAUCAAAUUUGUGUCUUAAAAGAGGCUCUACAAGUUGUACUGAA